AUGGGGGGAAGUGGGAAGCUCCGCCGAUGGAGAAUCAAUUUUCACCGAUCUUUCUCCGCCACCGCCGCCAAGAAGAGCCCGCCGGAGGAGUUCCUCUGCCCCAUCACCAAAUCCCUGAUGUCCGACCCGGCCGUCGUCUCCUCCGGCCAGACCUUCGAGCGCGCGUGCGUCGACAUCUGCCGAGAUUUGGGCUUCACCCCGACCCUCGCAGAUGGGUCUUCGCCGGAUUUCUCCACCGUCAUCCCUAAUCUCGCCCUCAAGACCGCCAUCCUCAACUGGUGCUCGAAGACCGGGUCGACCCGCCCCAACCCGCCAUUAUACAUGGACCUCGAGUCCACUCUCCGCUCCCUCAUGGGCUCCGCUGGAGAAAACCGGCAUAGUAGCCCUGAAAUUCGUGCUUCGGUGAGGGGAUUGCCGAACGACGCCGCCGCUGCCGCUGCCGCUGCCGCUGCCGCCGUCGGAACGCCGUCGUUUUCGCAAAACCCUAGGAAUCUGUACUCCUCCUCAAGCUCGGAGGAAUCCGUAAUCGCAAACAUGACGCCGCUUUUGCCGUUCGCGACUCGCCCGUCCUGCUUUUCGUACUCCUCAUCCCCGUCGACCUCGUCGGAAUUCGUUCUCCCCGACGAGGCGGCUCUGUCGUCAAACCUCUCUUCCAGCUCCUCCUCCGGCGAGGACGAGGGUUUCGUCUCCAAAAUGAAAAGCUUGGACGUUUACGAGCAGGAGCAGGCCGUGAUUCUAUUGAGAAAAACUACAAGAGCCAGCGACGAAUCAAGAAUCGCACUUUGCUCGGAAAAACUCUUGCUUUGCCUGAAAAAGCUGCUCGAAUCCCGGUACGCCGCCGUACAGAUUAACUCCACGGCGGCGCUGGUGAAUCUCUCGUUGGAAAAGGUCAAUAAGGUCAAAAUAGUCCGGGCCGGAAUUGUUCCUCUGCUAAUCGACAUUCUGAAAAACGGAUUCGAGGAGUCCCGGGAGCAUGCGGCCGGAGCCAUCUUCAGCCUGUCACUGGUGGACGAGAACAAAACAGCAAUCGGAGUCCUCGGCGCUCUGCCUCCGCUCCUCCACGAGCUCCGGUCGGGAACUCGCCGGAGCCGCCACGACUCCGCCCUGGCGCUCUACCACCUGACCCUUGUCGGCAGCAACCGGGCCAAGUUGGUGAGGCUCGGGGCCGCCGGACCACUGUUAGGGCUGCUGAGGGAUGCUGACGUGGCGGGUCGGGUGGUGCUUGUGGUGUGCAACCUGGCGGUUUCCGGGGAGGGCCGGGCGGCAAUCCUGGACGCCGGUGGUGUUGGGUGCCUGGUUAGGGCAGUUUCCGAGUCGGGCUCCGAGUCGACUCGUGAGAACUGUGUGGCGGCACUCCACUCACUGAGUCAGGGGAGCUUGAGGUUUAAGGGUCUGGCGAGGGAGGCUGGGGUGGCGGAGGUUCUCCGGGAGGUGGCGGAGGGCGGCGGAGAGCGGGUUAAGGAGAAAGCUAAGAGGAUUUUAGAGAUGUUGAGGGGGCCGGAGGAGGUGGCGGAGGAGGAGGUGGAUUGGGAGGCGGUGAUGAGGGACGGGGUGAGUCGGGCAGCGAGUCGACCGAGUCAAGGGACUACUAACUCGACCUGA